GCUCGCAGUAGCAUUUUAUUGUUCGGUAUACAAACUACAAGUGAAUUAAAUACUCAACGGCCUAUCCAUUGAUACUUCUGAAUUUGUGCGGUCAGUCCUGAAAACCGCUUCUCGAUCCCAAGCCAACGGGAUGGGGUUUCUUGUGGCCGGCACGCCGCUGCCAUGGGAAGAUGCGCUGGAAUGGCUCAACCAUGUGCGCCACAACGGGAUCCUGCAAUUCCUGGAGACGUACCACCGUGUGAAGGACAUCAGCGGGGACGUGCUCAAGUGGGGUGACGAGCUCGAGUACGGCAUCUUCGUGUUGGACGACGAGACCAAGACCGCCAAAUUGUCGCUGCGCGCGACAGAGAUCUUGCAAGAACUGCUAGAGAAGGAGAAGAAAUUCCACCGCGAAGACCACGUCGAAGAAGGGUGCAACUGGGUCCCCGAGUACGGCGCGUGGAUGGUGGAAGCGACGCCGAGCACGCCGUACGGUGGGUUUUCGUCCGACCUUCGCCGCGUCGAGCCCAGCAUGCGUCUGCGCCGCGCGCGCCUGCUGUCCGUGCUGCAUGACAACGAGAUUUGUCCCACCGUCACGUCGUUCCCGUUGCUCGGGGUCGGCAACGACUUUACCGUGCCGCCGACAUUUUCCCGCGGCCCCAUCGCCGCGUCGGAGUACAUCAGCGACGCCAUCAUCAACCCGCAUCCUCGCUUUGGCGCGCUCACAGCCAACAUCCGCAAGCGUCGCAUGCGCACGAUCGACAUCCGCGUGCCAUUGUUCAAGGACGCUUUCACGCACGAAAUGCUCGAAGACGAGGCGGCGUGGGUCGCGGAACAUGCGCGGCCAGCGCUGCUGCCGCCAGUGGACGACGAUCACCCGCGCAAGCCGCCGUCGUCGCCACCUCCGUGCACCCCGUGCCCCCUUGCCACGAAACGUCGGCAUGGCACGUCGUUCUCGACCAAAUCCAAGCCGCUGGAUCACAUUGAGCCGCAUCCCGGGUUUAUCCACAUGGAUGCGAUGGCGUUUGGUAUGGGCAUGUGCUGCCUCCAAGUAACAUUCCAGGCCAAGAACAUUGGCGAGUCGCGGCAUCUAUACGACCACCUGGGCGUGCUCAGUCCGAUCAUGCUCGCGCUCACGGCGGCCACGCCCAUCUUGAAGGGUCGGCUCGCCGACACGGACGUCCGGUGGGCUACGAUCGCGGCAUCCGUCGACGAUCGGACGCCACACGAGAUGGGCUUUGCCUCGUCGCCGCCGCCGCCCACGUACGCCAAGAUGGCGGGCGGCGGCAUCAAGCGGCUGCCCAAGUCCCGAUAUGAAGGGAUUUCCGCCUUCAUUUGCAACCACAAGCAUGGCGAGGACAUGACGUCAUCGCUGGACCAGUACAAUGAUGUGGACAUUCCAUUUGACGAAGACUCGUAUGCGACACUGCGCGCGAACGGUGUCGACGAUAUCCUCGCCAAACACAUUGCUCAUCUGUUUAUCCGAGACCCGCUCGUGAUCUAUGAGCAGCGGCUGCAUGUUGACAACAAGCUCGCGACCGACCACUUUGAAAACAUCCAGUCGACGAAUUGGCAGACGGUGCGGUGGAAGCCGCCGCCGUUGCCGCCGCCAUCAUCAUCGCCGCCAUCUUCGCCAUCCUCGGACGGCGGCAAUGGCCACAUUGGAUGGCGCACCGAGUUUCGAUCCAUGGAAAUCCAGCUCACGGACUUUGAAAAUGCCGCGUUUAGCGUGUUUAUCGCGCUCGUGAGUCGUGUGAUCCUCACGUUUGACUUGAAUUUGUAUGUUCCGUUGUCCAAAGUAAACGCAAACAUGGAGAUUGCGCAUCGCGUGAACGCCGCCGUGGACGAAACGUUCUUCUUUCGCCGCCACUUGGCGCCGCCAGAUGCCGCCGAGUGCCACACCGCGGGAUGCCAUGUCCAAUGCGACAACAAGGACGCGACGCAUGGCCAGUGUGUCCACGGCAGCGAGAGCUUUGAACCGAUGACCAUCGCCGAGAUUCUGCUCGGCAAAGGAUCGUACUACCCGGGGCUUCUCCCCCUAGUACAUGCAUACUUGGAUCAUAUUGAAUGCGACGACGUGACGAGAAGGGUCGUGGAUCGAUACUUGAACCUGAUCGCCAAGCGCGCGACGGGAGAGCUCCCCACGGCUGCCACGUGGAUGCGAAGGUUUGUCCAGUGUCAUCCCGAGUACGCCCAUGACUCGGUGGUCACGUCGUCGAUCGCGUUUGACUUGCUGGACGUGUGCGCCAAGAUUGGCGAAGGCGCGAUGCCGUGCCCGGAACUCCUCGGAGAAGUCAAGGUCGAACCCAUGCGAGGCCAGACGGGGUACCAGGUGCCGCUCAAGUCCGAUUCGGUGGAUGCGCAAAAGAGAGGCGACCUCCUCCGACGAUACGCCCGACGAAGCAGCAAGGACUCGGAACGAGCAUGUUGUGGACGAGGGAGCGACGGCAAUGCCCAAGAAGCGUAGGCGGGACGAAGUUUUUAACAUUGGAUUUUCGAUAUUGACUGAACGUACUUCGAAGUUACUACCGUAUACACUUAUGAUAAUACAUUGGUCAAAU